GACAUUCUCAGAUAAAAUGUCAAAUUGACAUUUGUCUCAAUCUUUUUUAUAUCUAUUUGUUGAUAAAAUUAUUUAGUAAUGCCGCAAUCAUAUAGUAUUUGAAAAAUUAAUCGUAUGAUGGGCAAUGAUGGGUCGACGCCCGCGAAAUCACAAAUUGGACAGCGAAGACGACAGUCAACAGAACGCACAGAUGGAUCAACUUCUAAAAAUGAUGAACCUCGACGAAAUAAAAAAAUUAAAUCCAAUAAAAUUACAAAAGGUGCAUCCGGACCUACUAAUCCUUUUCUGAUAUUUUUUCUACGUAUGAGAAGUAAAAGACCAAACGAUCGAUGUACUGUAAUUGCACGAACCGCAGGUAAAUUAUGGAAAAAAAUGACUCCGGGUCAACGUCAAAAAUAUAUAAAUCUUGCAAAUGCUGCUAAAAAGAAAAAAGAAUUGCGAAAACGUAAAAAAGAAGCAAAAAAUAUUGAACAGUAGUACAAAUUUUCACAAGUUAAGAUUUAACGUAAACUUUGAAAGUAUAAAUUAACAUAAAGUUUAUCGUCUAAA